GUGUGUUCCCUUUCUAUUUUCUUUCAACUUAAAUCUCUCUUUUUGUCUGUCGAAAACAAAAAAGCCCACUUCCUCCUCAGCUAAAUGUCCUAAAACUCUCUCCCGCAGCAAAAGAGACAAAGAGAAGACGAAAGACAUGGGUUCAAAGCUGCAACUCCAGCUGAAGGAGCUGGGAUCCAAGCUCGACGACCCUCCCUCUACCAAAGACUCUCUUAUCAAGCUCUUAAAGCAAGGCACAACAUUUCUUUCUGAGUUGGAGCAGUCACCGCCAAAAGCUAUGUUGGAGGCCAUGCAGCCCUUACAAGCUGCUAUGGUUAAACCAGAACUCCUAAAGCAUCAAGAUAGGGAGGUUAAGCUUCUUGUUGCCACCUGUAUCUGUGAGAUAACAAGAAUUACUGCACCUGAAGCUCCUUACAGUGAUGAUGUUCUAAAGGACAUCUUCCAUUUGAUUGUCAGCACUUUCAGCGGCUUAGGUGAUAUAAAUAGUCCAUCCUUUGGAAGAAGAGUUGUCAUCUUAGAAACUCUAGCAAGAUAUAGAUCAUGUGUCGUAAUGCUGGAUCUUGAGUGUGAUGAUCUUAUCAAUGAAAUGUUCCGGACUUUUCUCAGUGUUGUCAGGGACGAGCAUCAAGAUAGUGUUCUGACAUCAAUGCAAACUAUUAUGGUUGUUCUCAUAGAAGAGAGUGAGGAUAUUCGGGAGGAUCUUUUACAUGUCAUGUUGUCGGUUCUAGGUCGCCAUAAGAAAGAUGUUACAAUGGCUGGAAGGGGGCUCGCUAUGAAGGUGAUAGAGGAGUGUGCAGGAAAAUUAGAGCCCAGCAUAAAGCAGUUUCUUGUUUCUUCGAUGUCUGGAGACAGCAGGCCAACAACAUUUGAAAUUGACUACCAUGAAGUCAUUUAUGAUAUUUACCGUUGUGCUCCUCAGAUCCUAUCAGGAGUUGUUCCCUACGUCACAGGAGAGCUACUGACAGAUCAGCUGGAUGUACGAUUAAAAGCUGUGCACUUAAUUGGGGAUCUUUUUGCUCUGUCGGGAUCUGCUAUAUCUGAAGCCUUUCAACCAAUUUUCUUGGAAUUUUUGAAGAGACUUACUGAUAGAAUAGUUGAGGUCCGAAUGUCUGUUCUUGAACAUGUCAAGGGAUGUCUUCUGUCAAAUCCAGUUAGACAAGAAGCGCCUCAGAUCAUCUCUGCCCUUCGGGACCGGCUGUUGGAUUAUGAUGAAAAUGUGCGCAAACAAGUUGUUGCCGUGCUUUGUGAUGCGGCAUGUAACACCCUUACGUCCAUGAAGGUUGAAACGAUUAAGCUGGUAGUCAGAGCGCAUUCGCCCGAGACUGGUAACGCUGAAAGCUUUGCGUUGAACGUAGGUGAGAUUAGAGCGCUUGAGAAGCUGCUGGAGCAGAAGCAAAGGUUGCAGCAAGAGAUGAGGAGGUAUCUUUCUUUAAGGCAGAUGCACCAGGAUGGCGAUGCCACUGAGAUCCAAAAGAAAGUUGUAUUUUGCUUCCGAAUCAUGUCUCGUUGUUUUACUGAUCCUGGAAAGGCAGAAGAGAACUUUCAGAUUCUUGAUCAGUUAAAAGAUGCUAAUGUCUGGAGGAUAUUAACAGCUCUCCUUGAUCCAAACAGUAGCUCUAUUCAAGCUUCUAGUUCUCGGGAUGAAUUGCUCAAGAUCCUUGGUGAGAAGCAUCGGCUCUAUGACUUUCUGGGCACACUUUCAUUGAAGUGCUCAUAUGUACUUUUCAACAAGGAGCAUGUAAAUGAAAUCCUUCAGGAGACUAACAUACAAAAAUCUGCUGGAAGCACUGAUUUGAUUCUGUGUUGCACACAUAUACUUGUGAUUCUUGCACGUUUCUGUCCGUUGCUGCUUACUGGAAUUGAGGAAGAUUUGAUACAUCUGCUUGAAGAUGAUAAUGAGAUAAUUAAAGAAGGUGUCUUGCAUGUUUUGGCAAAGGCUGGUGGAGCCAUCCGAGAAAAAUUGGGAGAUUCUUCAAGGUCAUUAGACCUUAUGCUUGAGAGGAUUUGCUUGGAGGGAAGCCGGAGGCAGGCCAAGUAUGCUGUACACGCACUUGCAUCAAUAAUGAAGGAUGAUGGGCUCAAGUCACUUUCUGUUCUAUAUAAGAGACUUGUUGAUAUGCUAGAUGAGAAGUCACAUUUACCUGCUGUACUACAAUCUCUUGGAUGUAUUGCGCAGACUGCUAUGCCAGUCUUUGAGACAAGGGAGAAAGAGAUAGAGCAGUUCAUAAAGAAAAACAUAUUGGAGCGCGGUCAUACAUCAGAAGGUAAAACCAAAGAAAGUUGGGAAGAACAGAGUGAGAUCUGUUCACUGAAGAUAUUUGGAAUUAAGACACUGGUCAAAAGUUAUUUACCAGUGAAGGAUGCCCACCUUCGCUUGGGGGUUGAUGACUUGUUGGGAAUCCUGAAAAACAUACUUUCUUUCGGGGAAAUCUCAAUGCAAAUCAAGUCAAGUUCUGUUGAUAAAGCCCAUUUAAGACUUGCUGCAGCAAAAGCUAUGCUUCGUCUAUCAAAGCACUGGGACCACAAGAUUCCUGUGGAUAUAUUUUACCUUACUCUGGGGACAUCGGAGGCCCGUUUCCCUCAAGUAAAGAAGUUAUUUCUCGACAAAGUUCACCAAUACCUAAAGGAUCGUUAUUUGGACCCAAAGUACACUUGUGCAUUCUUACUUGACUUGCAGUUUCAGCAGCCAGAUUUUGAAGAGGUCAAGAACAAUUUAAGUGAUGUUAUCCAGAUCUAUCAGCAGGGGAAGGCACGCCAACUUUCUGCGCAAUCUGAACCUUUGACCCCAGCUCCUUAUCCAGAAUAUAUUCUACCAUACUUGGUCCAUGCUCUUGCUCAUCAUUCUUCAUUUCCUGACAUUGACGAAUGCAAGGAUGUUAAAGCAUUUGAAUCUAUUUAUAGGCAAUUGCACCUUUUCCUCUCAAUGUUGGUGCAUGGAGAUGAAGAGGGGAAAUCUGAAGGUGAUAUUAGUAGAGAGAAGGAAAGCAUUUUAACUAUAAAUUCUAUUCUUCACAGCAUAAAACAUUCAGAAGAUGCAGUAGAUUCGGCAAUAUCAAAGAACUCAUAUGCUGUCUCAGACCUUGGCCUGAUGAUUGCGAAACGGCUAUUACCUAACCAGGAUGAUCUUAAGGAGUCCGAAGCAUCAGUAUCUCUUCCUCCAUCUCUUUACAAACAACUUGAGAAGGGUGAACAGAAGGACCAGUCUCUGGUUGAAGUGAAGACAUGGUUGGCUGAUGAGAGCGUCAUGGUUCACUUUGAAUCAAUCAAGUUUGAAACUAAUGGAACAUUGAAAUCAGAAAUUACUGAAGACGAGGCCAUGAAAGACAGUGAAACCGAAGGAAAUGAGGUGCCUUUGGGAAAAAUAAUGGAACGGCUUAAAGCUAGAUCUAAGAUGCGGAAAGAGGUGAAGGAUGAUCCUUCACCUCCUGAGGUGAGAACUGAACAUGAUCUUGACAUCUUGAAAGUGUUGAGGGAGAUAGAUUCAAAUAAUGCCGGCGAUGACAAUAAGUUGGAUGCAAGCAAUGGCCAUGAAUCUGCAGUCAAAACUAAAGCAACCAAUAAACGUCAGAAAAGAAAAACAGGAACUGAUAUUUCUGUACCAAAAGGUGCAAAGCGACAAAGAUCAUCUUCUUCUUGGGGUCAUAAACUUUCUGCAAAAAUCAAGGAGUCUAUUGAAAAGGAGGAUGAUCUUCUAUCCAUCUCGGAAGAUAAGUCCUCAGAAGAAGAUGUUUAUGAACCUGAAGAGUCAGACCUGUUAACAUCAUCCAUCAGGAAGAAAACAAGCUUCUCGCCUAAACAAAAGCGUAAAUCUACUGAUAAGACUUGUGGUGACACCCAUGAAGUUGGAGUGGACAGUCGUGGACUGAAAAAGUCUAAACAAAACACAGAAGCAGUUGAUACACAUGUCGAAAGUAAUAACAUGUCAGGAUCUCACAAGCAACGGAAGAAGAGAAGUAUAGCUGGACUGGCCAAGUGCACGUCAAAGGGUGAUACAGCUCCCACUGUGGACUUGAUUGGUUGCAGAAUAAAAGUUUGGUGGCCCAUGGAUAAGAAGUUCUAUGAAGGUGUUAUUAAGUCAUUUGACACUCAAAAGAACAAACACGUUGUUCUAUAUGAUGAUGGUGAUGUAGAAGUCCUCCGAUUGGAAAAGGAGUGUUGGGAGCUUGUUGGUGGUGGGCAGAAGCCUGUGAAGGGUUCAAAUUCGAAAAAGGCUUCAAAUUCCAAAAAGGUUUCACGUUACGAGAAAGUAAAUGGAGAGAGGAAAAAUAAAGCCCUUGCUGCCUCCAAGCAAAAGAAAGAGACAGAUAACAUGUCUCCAUUAUCACAAGUACGAGGGAAGAGAACUCCAAGGAAGAACUUGAAGUAUGGACAAAAAGGCCCAUCAAAAUCUUCUUUCAGCAGAGGAAGGCUGCUUUUAGGAAAGCCGUUGGCAACCUCAAAGUCCAAGGAAAACAAUUUAAGCUCAGGUAAUUCAGAAGGUGAGCAGAAAGAGAGUAUGCAUGGGAGUUUGUCUGAACACGAACUGUCUGACAAGGAUGACAGAUCGUACUCUGAUGGGAAACCAGGGGCUGAUGAUGAUGAUAGGUCAAGUGGUAUGGAAGAGUCCGUAAAAGAAGAAAGUCCCUUGGAGAAUAAAGAAUUUGAGGAUGAACCUGGCACUCCUCAGGAUUCCCAUGGAUCGGACGAGGAGAUCUCUUCUUCACAUGAGAAACCACAGCCAGAUGUAUCGACGGAGAAGUCAAAUGAUGAUGCUGAAAGAUCAGAUUCUCAGGGGAGUUUAGGAGAUGAUGCAGACAGUCAUUCAAUUGAUCGAGAUGACUCUGAAAGGAGUUCAGCUACAAAAUCUGAUGAAGAACUAUCUGAUGAUGAGCUACUUAGCACGUGGAAAAGUCGAGCAGGGAAAUCGGCUGGAGGGAAGUAAACCAGCAGAAAAGGCCAUCAUAUGAUCCUGGCUAAUGAUUUGUAGAGAUGCAGCAUCCUGGAGAGCACUUGGCAUCAAGCCAAAUACCGUCAUUCCAGAAAGCUUGCUGCAAGAAGAUGAUACCAUUAACAGCGACGUUAAUAAGUUUAUUAAGUACAGUUUACCACAUAGAAAAUGGUAGUGCACAGGUUUAUUAAAAGGUAGGGUGUAGGACAAGAAUGUGCAUUCCCACAGUUGUGUAGCUGCAGUCUAGAGGUGACUGAUAUGAGUCAAUAGCAGUUGUCUUAGGCUUUGUACAGCUGUAGUUUAGUAAGUUAGCAUUAACUUACCCAACUAACCGAUCCUGUGUUGCAGCUCGGUUUUUGUUGUAGUUUUGUCUUCAUUUUGUAUAUGUUGUUUAGAGUAGGAACUGGAUUUCGUCUGUUCGUAGUUCCUCUAUGGGAUCCGUGUAUUCUCUUGUGAACUGUAGAUUUGUAAGAAUUUGUGGUGUAUGAAAUCAGUAACAUUAGCACGUUUUUCACGAUUAUUUGCUUCUGAAUCUGAACAUUUGUGAAUGGAAGAUGGCAAGAAUUAGCUUUGAGAA